AUGCGUCGCUUACAUCGACUUGCCGAAAUUUGGCAAAAACAUCGAUAUCACGCAGACACCGGGUCGCGCUGGUACUCCCGCGCGAGCGGGCACACGCACAAGACGUGUCGGGACUUGUUACGAAAAGGCAAUCAACCAUUAGAACAAGUAGCGAAUCGUAUACAGGAGCUUUCAAAAUUAAAUAACGAAAACCAAAAAUGUAACCAAACCUAUCUCGCCGUCAAAUAUGAAAGUUUCCUGGCAACAGGUGAAAAAGUAUUUACUACUGUCGAAAUGAAUGGGAGUUACCAGUUGUCCAGAAACAUUAAAGACAAAUGGUUUUUAAGUGUACAUAAUGAUAUCGUUGAAAUGAUGUACGCCGUUUCUGCGAAUGACAAAAUUAAAAUCGUGGGAAGGCAUAUCAAAACCAAAUUUGAUUUUUUUGAGCGACCGUUCAAUUCAUCGCAUAUCAAUGUAUAUGCAACAUCACUUGAUUAUGAAGUAGAAGAAUCAAGAGGAUACAAUUUACAAGAUGUGAAAUGUAAGCUUUUAUGUAUGGUUUGCAACUCCCAAAUGGUAUUUAUUCCGGUAUUGACAACAUUAGGGGUAAUAAUAAAAUGA